GACCGAGGAGUCGUGUCAGUCUCAGGCGAAUAGCAAGAGCAACAAAAAACCACGAUGUUUCCGUAUCGAGGAUCAUUCUUAGCAGUGACAAUUUCGUUAACAAGUGUUGUACUUGCCGACAUCAUCGUUCAACCCGGUUACGAUCAUUCCGGCAAAAAUCCAUAUUCGCAACCUGCUUCGCACCAAAUAAACUCUCAGACUGAACAAUAUCACACGAAACAAUUACCGAACCAAGAAUUGCCGUAUCUUCAAAGUGCUCGAACAGUGUAUCCCUAUUAUGAAUCCAAAGAUCAUUCAAAUCUGGUGGGUUAUCCAUAUCAUCCGUUCCAUCAUUAUUCACCGAGGAACCAUCCGCAUUACGCAAGGAUAGGAAGCCAUGAAUAUUCGCGGCCAUCAGUAUUCGUCGGUUACCGACAACCUUCGAUAGGACACUACCAUCAAUGGGGUAGUCCGCACCAUUACCACCGGUACAGAAGGUCACUUGACUCCGAUUCUACACACACGGAAUCCAAUGAAUCUGCGAACGUUGCACACGACAAUGAUGUGGCCUCGAAGUCGCCCUUAACCGAUGACAAAUAUCCUAAAACCACCGACUCGUUACUUCCAGAACACGAGCCUACUGAUACUAAUGAUAAGCAUGUGGAGAACCGUCAGAUCAAGAUUGACCAUAUAAUGAAACCACGGCAUAUAUUCGGUUUAUUCGGCAUAUAUCCACAAAUAAUACGGUUCCCUGAACAACAUACAAGCGAAAACACAAUGCAACAAAAGAUUAUCAAAUUUCCUUCCAAUCCGAACACGUUAAAUUUCAAUGAGAAUUCUCAGAAAAAUGAACAAGAUUGUGAUGACGAAAAUUUACAUCUUCUUACUAAUAGACCUUCUACACGUAUAAGAUUCGAACAAUUUCCGGAGGAAUUUUCAAAUAACCGUCAUAGCGAAUACCGAAAGGGAAGAGAGCUGUCAUGGGGAGAACACUUUACUAACCUCCUACUAGAUAAUAUGAGACAUCAGUGGGGGGGAUACUAUCACACAUAUACUCCAUCAUACACUGUAUCUACCCCUACGGUGCCAACGGAUCCACUGAAGACCAAAUACUUAGAUCUCGUAAAUAAAUAUGAUAAGCUGUUGCAGUUCGUCAAACAGCGUGGCGGCAACAUUCCAAAAUUUUUUUUGCAUGCAAGACAAAACAAGAUGAAACCGAUAACGAAAAACGAAGAGGACACUUCAUGGACACCCGAUACCACUGAAAUAACACGUUAUCUCGAACAGGAUCUACCUAACUCAUACAUUCCAUCAGUAAGCAAUUUCGAUCAGGAUAAUUAUCCGCACCAUUGUUCGAAUUGCCAUAAGAAUACUCCAAACUAUUCUUCGGACGACUUUGAGGACAAUUCAGAUUUCCAGAGAAACUACAAUUCAGCUCGUAAUAUCGAGCCUUUAAUUUUGAUUCCUAACUAUAGCUAUAUCCCUAAUGAUAGUAACGAUGAUCCUAACUAUGCCCCUGACAUCGAUAUCUCUGUUGUCCCUGACCAUGAAAUUCACAAAGAUUAGUGCUCGGAGCAAUUUAGCGCCGAUGAUAUCGCAGAUGCAGUCUUUAGACGUAUACAAUUACCUGUCGGGAAAAAAAUACAAGCUAUUCUACUAGAUUAUAAAUACUACAACAACUAUCCAAGUGAUACACCACUUUAUGACACGUUUUUGUCAUCACGUUAUUAGUAAGUUUAUUAUUAGUAAGGCGCUUUUAUAGAUAUGACGCUGUUAUCGAUUCCUGCCACGUUACCUUAAAGUAACGAGUCGAUUGACCAUAAUGAUUUCUAUGUUCCAUUUAUUAUAAUUACUUUUAUGCACGCAUAAUUUUUUAUAAGCGCAC